GGGCUCGUUCGACUUCGGUGAGACCGUGUGGUUCAAGGCCGGCUCCCAGAUCUUCUCCGAGGGUGGCCUUGACUACCUCGGCAACCCCUCCCUGGUGCACGCCCAGUCCAUCCUCGCCAUCUGGGCCACCCAGGUCCUUCUCAUGGGUGCCGUCGAGAGCUACCGCGUGGGUGGCCUCGCUGGCUUCCAGGAGGUUGAGGACCCCAUCUACCCCGGCGGUGCCUUCGACCCCCUUGGUCUGGCUGAUGACCCCGAUGCCUUCGCUGAGCUGAAGGUGAAGGAGCUCAAGAACGGCCGUCUCGCCAUGGUGUCCAUGUUCGGCUUCUUCUUCCAGGCUAUUGUCACCGGCAAGUCGCCCCUGGAGAACCUGAACGACCACUUGGCCGAGCCCUCCAUCAACAACGCCUGGGCCUAUGCCACCAGCUUCGUCCCCGGUGCCUAAAUGCGUGAAUUGUGUGCAUAAUUAUAUGUAGUGCAAUUUUCGCUCCGAAUCUGUGAAACAGCGAACCGAAUAAACGAAUCCUGUGCGUGCAGUGAACGAGACCAGGCCACGCUUGUUUCACACUCCGCUCAAAUGUUUUCACAAAUGCGAGGGAAAACAUCCCUUCCAAAUAAAAAGAUGUUAACCCUGCUCUAGAAAACAUCCCUUCCAAAUAAGGAAAAGUAGUUGCCAAUUUAGU